CGACGACAGUGGCAGCACUUUACGGUGAACUCCAUUUGCUUUUAUUUCCGAUUCGGCGACUUCUCAUAGCCAAAAGCUACAAAGCGUGGUCGCCCGAGUGAGAUUUUUCAAAGACUGCCCUGUGGAAAAAACGAUAAAAUAGGAAAUCGGUCGAGUAAAAAAUCGGCAUGGAGAACGACUAUGGAGUUGGUGUCUCCAACCGAUAUGGACUAUUUCUGGAUGAUGAAGAAGCAGAUCCCUUCGAUAUGCUCUCCAAGCAGCAGCAGCUGAAUCCUACCAAAAAGAAGGUCAAGACCCAACAGCAAGAGAAAGAAAACCGCAGCACAGUUCCUAAAGCUGAGGGAACUAAGGCCAAGCCAGCAAGCCAAGCCAAUAAAAAACCCAUUAAGGAGACACAGAACUUGAAGCCUGCUGAACCCCAGAAGUCGAGGGACGAAAAGUCUCCUGCGGCCAGACCUCCACGCAACCCAACGUCUGUCAAAUUUGCCCCUGAAUCUCGAGAGGAGCGCAACAACAGACGGAACAAAGAUGAUCGUGCUGGACAUGAGCAACGCACUGAACCAAGGAGCUAUGGCGGCGGUGAACCUGGAUCAGGUGGCGAUGUUGAGUCCCGCGGAGGUCGCGGUGGCAUGCGCGGAGUAGGGCGCGGCAGCCGUGGCGGCCGAGGUGGAUUCCGCCCAAGCGGCGAGCGAGGCGAGCGCGGGGAACGCGGAGAGCGAGGCGAGCGUGAGUUCCGACCACGCCGCGAGUUUGACAGGCACUCCGGUUCUGACAAAAGCGGCGUCAAGGCUGUUGACAAGCGAGAGGGCGGCGGCGCUCGCAACUGGGGCACUUACAGAGACGAGAUCCAGGAGCCAAUUACUGGCGAUGCCCCUGAGCAACUGACUCCUGAGAAGCCGCAGGGCGAGCCCGCUGAGGACUCCGCCGGCGAGGCGACCAAGGAAGAGACUCCUGCUGACGAAAAUGCUGCAAACGAGGCUGAAUCAGUUAAGGAACUGACCCUUGACGAGUGGAAGGCUCUGCGCGCCAAGACCCAGAAGCCCACCUUCAACAUUCGUAAGGCUGGCGAAGGCGAGGAUCCGACUCAAUGGAAAAAGAUGUAUGAAUUGAGCAAGAAGAAUGAUGAGGAUGAAGACGAAGAUGAUGAGUACGAGAUUGCUGAAUACCCUCAGCGCGUGGGCCGCCAGAAGCACGUGCUCGACAUUGAUAUCCACUUCUCCGACGCUAGGCGAGGAGGACGUGGACGAGGAGCUGGUCGUGGAGGUCGCGGUGGCCGCGGUGGAGGCCCUAGGAGAGAUGGCCCCCCAGGUGCCGCCCCUGGUGGUGAGGGCCCAGAACGGGCUGAGCGCGUCGGCGAACGCAGCGAGCGUGGACCACCACGCGGAAGCUUCCCCAAGCCAGCCGGCCGCGGAAACUUCAGGCAGCACCAGUCGGCCCCCAAGGUGGAUGACGAGAAGGAUUUCCCAUCGCUAGGCUAAACCGAGUGAGCGGUGAUGAGGAUGGAACGCACCCUCAUAGCAUUGUUCUGUUGAUUUUGAAAUAAAUUAACUAAAAAUCAAUUGUAAAAUCACAUUCACUAGACUGGAGGGUUGCAGGUCGCUCGAUCGACUCUCUUUAGUCGAAUUCUCGCCAUAAGCUCACUGAAUGGGAAAAUCACUGUAUAUGAACGUUGGUUGUCCUGUCCUACCUACGGGCGCGCAAGGUUUCGCUCGACCUUCUUGCCUGUAUUUCCUCUCAAGGCCAAAUAUUCAUCCAAAUCUUAUUGAAACAAGGUUUCCAUUUCAGCCCAAAUUCAAAAGCAACAUUUAUUUUAAAAUCACAGCAUAUUCAGAUUUUCAAGUUAACUAUUAAUUAUUGCAUUGUAUAGUGACAAAAUGUUUUAUGCAUUUUUUUAAUGCAGCAUGUGGUGAAUGUGCCCAAUGAUUGAUGGAAUUUUUUAUUUCGUGUACUAAAUAGUACAAUGUUUCAAUAUUUGGAAAGAAUCAACAUUUCAAUUGCAGUGAGAAAUAAAAGAUCACAAUUAAUCAAAA